AUGGCGAAAUGUCCAUGUAGGUUUGGUGUCGAAACUUUUGAUGGAAGCUUACCAUCUAUUAUCCUAAAUCCAUAUUCAUUGACCAAGAUUGCCAAUAUUAUAUUCAUUGAUGCGCCCGUUGGUACCGGAUUUUCAUAUGCAAACACUUCACAAGGUCAAGCUUCCUCGGACAUCAAAUCAGCGAAAGACAUUUUCACAUUUCUUGGGAAGGGAUACAUUAUUGGCAAUGGACUAACAGAUCCAAACAUUGAUUUUAAUGCACGAAUUCCAUAUGUUCAUCGUAUGGCACUUAUAUCUGAUGAAUAUUUUGAGUUAGCAAAAAUUAGUUGUGCUGGAAAAUAUUACAAUCGUGAUCCAAAUAAUGUGCAAUGUGCAUAUGCCCUUCAACGGAUCCAAAAGUGUUUAAGUCAUAUAAAGCAAGUUCACAUUUUGGAACCAUGUGAAAACGGAGCAUCAAAACUACGUGAUUUUGGAUGGGAUCAAACAUUUUCGAAAGACAAUUCAAUUGACCAUCUCGUCCUCCCAACAGCAGAACAAGAGUGUGGAAAUCAAGAUUAUACAAUACCUGAAAAUUGGGCAAAUGAUCCAAUUGUUCAAGAAGCUCUUUAUAUUAGAAAGGGAACGAUAGCAAGGUGGGAAAUGUGCAAUUCUGGAAUAACCUAUGAACAGAAUGUAGAAAGUGCUCUUGAUUAUCAUAAAAUUUUGAUCAAGAAAGGAUACCAUGUUUUGGUAUUCAAUGGUGAUCAUGACAUGGCUGCACCAUAUAUGGGUCCUUUAAAAUGGAUUCGCGUUCUCAAUGUGACUAUUGACGACAAUUGGAGACCUUGGCUUGUUAAUAGCCAAGUCGCGGGAUACACAGAGAAAUACAAGAAGAAUGACUUUGAUCUCACAUUUGUAACAGUCAAGGGUGCUGGACAUUCAGCAUCAAAGAAUAAGCCUGAAGAAUGUCUAGCAAUGUUCCAUCGCUGGUUCUCUAGACGUCCUUUAUAG